AAGCAAAUUGAGCAGGGAUUGAGCCAGACGCACUCAGCAGCAUACAGAUGGGAUACCAACUCACUUGCUGCUUUGUAUCUUGAUUCUUUCUAAGGCUUCCUGUCUUGGUGAAUGGAGAGGCACUGUGAACCAAUAGGAGGGAAGCCAUGAGGAUGCAACAGUGAUCCAGGAAAAAACAGCCCAUUGUUAGUGAGACGUCGGAGAAGCGUGACCUCCCUCUUGCCGGCUCUGGCUGCCCGGCCUAAGGAUACCCUGAAGAACACCAGACUCAUUGAUAGGUCAAUGAUGAGUGGGGGAGUCAAUGUAAAGUCGGCCCCCCGGGCUCCAUCCUCAUCAGGAAUUCCCCUCCCUCACAGCCUGUUGCCUUCAUCCCCCAGAGCAGAUCCCCGGCACCGGAUGAGUGAGCUGCCCAGGCCAUCUACGCAGACCCCCAAACACACGCCCACACACACUCCCACACACACUCCCAUCCACUCUCCUUCACCUUGCCCACGGAGCUCUAGCAUUCCCAGGUCUUUCUCCAGAGACCUGCUGAAAAGUCAGCUCCUGCAGCGGACAGGAGCUCUGCCUGUUCCCCAGGUGUCACGGUCCGCCUACAGCAGCCCGAUAACCCAGCGCCGGAUACCACCACCGCACUCCAAAGACACUCUGGACCUGGGAAAAGCCACAACCCACACCCAGAUACAGUUUCUACAAGACAGAAAUUGCAACAGAAAUGCACUUACUAAUAAAAACCAAGCACUGGGGGCUGGCAACCUGCGUCCACAGCUCCAGUUCAGAAGGGGGUUAAACUCCAACACUGUGUCACACUUAGGAGAUGAACACACAUCAACACCGCCCACCUUCAGAGGUCGCAGUGACUCAAUGAGCCAAUCAGAUGAGGAGAUGGGGACUCCUGAGGACAGUAGUCCAGCCUCAUCUCCUCCUCCCCUGCCGCUGCCACCGGUCACCUUCGCCAUGCCAGCUUCAUCCAAGAUGGCUGUCGAUACACUGGCUCAAAACCAACAGAAGGACGCUGCUACAGACACACACACAUUCAGAGUCAACAUGGCCACAGUCGCUCCCUUCAGUUACAGGCUGCAGGUGCAGGAGAGGGAUUUGUCCAUCGAUGAACUGAGUGACUGCUCAUCUGGAUCCAUAGAAGUCUGCUGUGAUGACUUGACGCCAGGAGGGAUGCUGGAGGCUAAUGUGGCUAACAUUAGCAUGACGGCUAAGCCUAGAGAGCUGGACCUCAGGUCUACUGCUGUCUCCAGCCAGGAUACUUCAACCCAGGCCAUGGCCUCAAGGAAGCCCAUGGCCAAGCCCUCCGGUCUCCCCCAGGGACCUUCACGUGCUGCUGGGUCAGAGCUGAAGGUCUACAAACCCACCUCUGGAUCUAUCCCCAUCCCAAUCCCCAAUCCAUCCAGGCUCCGCAAGCAACGGUCACUUGGCAACUUGUCUGUACUAACUGAUGCUGAGAAGAAGCUGCACCUGUACCAGUCGCCCCGCUGGACUGAUGAUACAAACCGGGCUGGCACCGGGACCAACAAAGCGGGCCAGACUAAGUCAGGUCAGGCUGGAGGGGGGAGACCACCACUUUCACGGACUCUCUCAAAAUCAGAACAGUCUUUAUUCCAGGGGAAACCCAAACCGUUCAGCUCCCCAGCUGUGACUUCAAAUAUAGGCAAGCCAAGCAGGAUCCCUGCCCCUGGUAAACCACGGGGACCUUAUGCUGAGGUCAAACCCAUCAGCAAGGCCUCUGAGACUGGCCAGAGUGCAGACCCAGACCCUUCAGACCACACAACUAAGUCUAACUCUAAUGGAGCAGGUGGCUCUGGAAGUAAUGGCAAGAAACCAGGGGAUAAGGGGAGAUCUGCAUCAGUGUCAGCAGAGGAGAAGAAGGAAAAGAAGGGGAUGGAGGGAGAAGACGACAAGGCCUUUUUGAAAGUGGAUCCGGAGUUAGUUGUGACGGUUCUGGGGGAUUUAGAGCAGCUACUCUUCAGUCAAAUGCUCGAUCCAGAGUCCCAGAGGAAGAGGACUGUGCAAAAUGUUCUGGACCUUCGACAAAACCUUGAGGAAACCAUGACCAGCCUGAGAGGGGUGCAGCUCAGCCACAGUUGUGUGGAGGGUACUAUGUGCUACGACAGUGAUGAGGCUGCUGCCUUCUCUGUUUCCAGUCUAUCAAAUCGCUCCUCUCCAUUGUCGUGGCGCCAGGGCCAAGCCAGCCCUCGUCUGCAGGCUGGUGAUGCUCCGUCCACUGGUAACACCCAGUCAGAUAUUCCCCUCCGGAUAAGCCACACCUCCAGAAUCCACCUCAUUGAGACUCUGGAUGACUCAGAUCCAGCUUUGUUGAAGGGAGAUUACCUCAGCGACAGUGACCUUGGUGGGAAGAGUCCGAAUGAGGAUGAUGAGGAUGACGAGGAUGAUGAUGAUAUUGAUGACCUUGGGAAUGGUUGGGAUGAGAGCAGCUCCAUCAGCAGCGGUUUGAGUGACGGCUCCGACAACCUGAGCUCUGAAGAGUUCAACACGAGCCCCACCCUCAACUCCCUCCCCACUACUCCCAUUGGCUCCCGCCGAAACUCAGCCGUAGUGAUGCGUACAGAUGCAGAAAAGAGAUCUCUGGUGGAAAGCGGUCUGUCCUGGGACACCGAUGAUACCAAACCCAGCCGCAAGAGCCAGGGCAGUGGCAUCUACGAGACAGGAAGCCUUAAGUCGGAAUCAGCCAAUAAAUGGAAAAAGACGCGGCCACAGGGGGAGGGGCUAGAAGGAGGGAAGGGUGAACUGAAGAAACCUCAGACACUAGGCCAAGGAAAUGUGCUGAAGAAAGGAAGAAAUCCACCUGUGGGGGUCACGUCCCCGAUCACACACACCUCUCAGAGUGGCCUCAGAGUAGCAGGCACAGUAAAGUCAGAUGGAAAGCCCAUGGAUAAGUCUCGGUUAGCAGUGAAGACUUCGGGUCUGCAGCGCUCCUCGUCUGAUGCUGGUAAAGACCACCGGAACGGCACUAGCACUGGUGAGCAACGUAAACCGCCAUCUGGACUGGUCAGACCUUCAACUGGUGGAAACUUUGGUUUCAAAAAGCCCACGACAGCUACCACCAAUGGCACAAGUAAUACUGCUGUAUCCACUGUGAUGAGCACAGGUGGCACCGUACCCAGUGGCUCUGCAACUGUAGGGAAGAUUCCCAAAACAUCAGGGAUUCCUGUCAAACCAGGUGCUGGUGGAGGGGGACGGAAAACGAGUCUAGAUGUUUCCAGUAGUGACCAGAGUGGUUUUCUCUCUCCAAAUGCCAGAACGUCUCUCCAAUACCGCUCUCUCCCUCGCCCAGCCAAGACUAGCACGUUGACUCUAACCCGGCCAAGCUCAGCUCGCCCAGUCAGUACCACCAUGGACACAAGCUCUGGGCUGGUCAAACCCCCCAGCGCAGCACCACAGACCUCCAGGCUCAAAGAACCUGCCUCAGGGCUCGGUGCUGGAACAGGGUUGGGUAAGGCAGGGGGUCGUGGGAUCCCGAGUCCUAGUCCUGUCAAUCAAACAGACAGAGAAAAAGAGAAAGAGAGAGCCAAAGCUAAAGCUGUGGUGUCUGACUCUGAGUGUGGAAGUGGGUCCCUGAAGGGCAGUCCUGCUCAGACCCCCUCAGAGAACGGAGGAAAGCUGCAGGGAUUAAGACCUCCAAGCAGCGGCAAGGGCUCAGACCUGCCUUCACCCAAUACACACAGGUUAUCUGGGAUGCGGAGCCUGGCAAAGCCUCCAUCAAUGGCCCAGCUUGAUAAACUUAACUCCAACAGUCUGGAAAUUGGCGUACAAGACUCCCUGCCUCCUAAGAUCCCUCCAUAUUCGAAGCUCCAGGACCUUGCGAGCUCCUCAGGCAGCUCUACCAGCUCCUGUCUGACCCCGAGCCCCGCACCUUUACUCAACGUCAACACUUCAUCCUGUUUCUCAAGUUCAGGAAUAGGAUUAGGGCCCAGGCAGGUUUCUUCCCUCGGGGUUGAAAGGAGCUCCGGGAGCACCUCUCCCCUGCUUUACCCUCGAAUGUCUGGGCUGCAUCGGAGCUUAGAGUCCCUGCCGCUCCAGAUGAGCCUGGCCCCAGAGCCCCAGAGGGAGAAGGAGAGGGAGAGUCUGGUGAGAGGCUACACCACCUUAGAGUCACGAAACAAAGACAGACAAGAGGACAGGGGCCCUCCUACCAGCUGGAGCUCUGGAAGCAAAGUCUCUAUGACAGUGCCAGACAGCUCUCAGAGAGACAGAAACACACUGCCGAAGAAAGGUUUAAGUUUCAAUGGUGCUUCCCAACCUGAGGAUGAAGGAAAGGAGAAAGGAGAGAGGAGACACUCUCACACCAUCCUCAGCAUGACCGACUCUUUAACUCUUCCACUUCUGUCUUCCCCCACGUCCCUGCCCCGUACCUCAAAGACCAGCAUGGUUCCAAGUCCUGUUGGUGGACCUCCCAGGAUGACUCGAUCCAACAGUAUCCCCACACACGAUGCCUCUAUGGAGUUAUAUGGGGCGUCUCCACUGGGCAGCACCCUGUCUCUAGCUGAACGUCCCCGCAGCAUGGGAAUGGUCCGAUCUGGAUCAUUUAGAGACAAAGACAGUGAUGAAGUUCACGGUUCUGUUCUGUCUUUGGCAUCCAACGCCUCAUCAACCUACUCCUCGGUGAGUCUGAGUGGCAUGCAGCCUCAGGCAGAGGAAAAGAUUCAGGGAGAGCAAAUCCGUAAGCUGAGGAGGGAGCUGGAGUCAUCGCAGGAGAAGGUUUCUAAUCUGACCACACAGCUGACAGCAAACGCCAAUCUGGUGGCUGCCUUCGAGCAGAGUUUAGCGUUGAUGACAACUCGACUGCAGUCUCUGUCCAUAAGCCACGAGCAGAAGGACACGGAGCUACUGGAGUUGAGGGAGACCAUCGAGGCUCUGAAGAGCAAGAAUGAAGAAGCCCAGGCUGUGAUUCACGGAGCCUUAAACAACCCAGAUAACUUGAAAGACAUGCGUAUCCGCCGGCAGAACUCAUGUGAAAGCAUCUCCAGUCUCAACAGUCUGACCAGUAUGUCGAGUGUGGGCAGUUUGAAGGACCAAGAUGCAAAGAAGAAGAAGAAAAAGAGCUGGGUCUAUGAGCUGAGGAGCUCCUUCAACAAGGCAUUUAGCAUAAAGAAAGGAAGCAAAACUUACUCAGACAUUGAGGAAAUCGUCACCCCUGACUCCUCGGCUCCCAAUUCGCCAAAGAUGCCUCAUGAGUGUGGAGAGGGAGGCGAGAACCAGCUUUCAUCUCUGAAAACCUCAGCCUCCACCACCUCCUGUGUAGAAUCCUUUACUUCAUCACAAACAUCCGAAAUCAACACAUUUGGAGAUAUGUGGUUUUCAUCAGACAGGAUCAUGGAGACAACAGAGGAAGGGGAAAAUGAUGAGAGGGCGGUGUCAGAUCUACGUUCAGAACUCUUGGUAAAAGAGAGAGAGCUGACGGACAUCCGACUGGAGGCCUUAAACUCUGCUCAUCAGCUGGAGCAGCUCAGAGAAGCCAUGAACAGCAUGCAGUCAACAGUAGAGAACCUGAAGGCAGAGAAUGACCAUCUGAAGACAGGAAGUCAGGGCCCGGUCAUCCCUGGACCGGGUCCCACCUCCUCCACGUCUCAGCCGUCAGGAUUGGCCUCUCUGCUGGGGCCGUCGCUGAGGCAGCCCAUGAGCAUGUCCCUCACCAAGUCCUUCAGCCUCAGCCUGAACAACUGUAAAGAGCCUGAUGCGUCACCAGCUGACAUGUUGAACUUUUCUUCACAGCGGGAUGAGAUCUGUGCACGAGUUCUGGUUCGCAUUGGAGAUCAGUCUGAGGACUGUAAGCAGCAGCAGCAGUACUACCUGGGCUCAGUACCGGUCAGUGGGAAGACGGACUGGGCCAACCUCGACUCCCUUAUAGCGAAGACCUUCAAAGACUACCUUACUCAAGUGGACCCAACAUCCAGCCUGGGUCUGUCUUGUGAUUCGCUGCACAUGUAUCAGCUGGCCCAGGGAGGACAGAGGCUGAUAGGAGGGGACAAACCCCAAGCCUCGCCGUAUCGUUGCCUUGGCAGUGCUUCACCUAAGAUAUUUAUCACUUUGAAAGGUCUUCGAGAAAAGUGUGUUGAUUCUCUGGUGUUUGAGACCCUCAUUCCAAAGCCCAUGAUGCUGCAUUACAUCAGCCUGCUGCUGAAGCACAGGCGUCUGGUUCUGUCUGGGCCCAGUGGGACAGGGAAGACCUACCUGGCCCAGCGGCUGACCCACUACCUCCUGCAGCGCAGCCAGGCCGACUCACCCGAGGCCGAACACGAACCCUGCCUCCUGGGACGAAGUGCUGCUGUCACCUUCAACCUGCACCGUCAGUCACAGAAGGAUUUGCAGUUGUAUCUGUCGAAUCUAGCAAAUCAGAUCGACAGAGACAGCGGAGGAGACCUGCCUCUGGUUGUUAUCAUAGAUGACAUCAGCGACGCGGCAGCCAUCACCGAGCUCGUCAACGGAGCUCUGACCUGCAAAUAUCACAAAUGUCCUUACAUCAUCGGAACAACAAAUCAGCCUGUGAAGAUGUCAUCUAACCAUGGACUUCACCUGAGCUUCAGGAUGGUAAUGUUCUCUAAUAACGUGGAACCGGCCAACGGUUUCCUGGUGAGGUACCUCCACCGUAAAGCUGUCGAAACCUACCAAGAGGCAGAGCUGGACCCAACACAGUACCAGGCCCUCCUCCAUGUACUAGACUGGGUUCCUCAGCUUUGGUACCACCUGCACGCUUUCCUUGAGAAACACAGCACGUCAGACUUCCUCAUAGGACCCUGCUUCUUCCUGUCGUGUCCAGUGUCAGUAUCAGAGUUCAGGCAAUGGUUCAUUGAUCUGUGGAACCACUCGAUCAUACCGUACCUGCAGGAAGGAGCAAAAGACGGCAUCAAGGUGCACGGGCAGAAAGCAGUGUGGGAGGACCCAGUGGAGUGGGUGAGAGGGACCCUUCCCUGGCCCAACGCACAACAAGACCAGUCCAGGCUCUUCCACCUACCUCCCCCCAGCAUCGGUCCAUCCAGUGAGGAGAAGAAGCCCCCCAAAGACACACCUCCGCCCAGUACACUGGAGUCAGACCCCCUGAUGGCCAUGCUGCUGAAGCUUCAGGAGUCGGCCAACUACAUCGAGUCACCAGAGAGGGAAGGCAGUCUGGACCCCACCCUUCAGGCGACGCUCUGAUGAAAACAUGCGACUACCUGUAAAGCUUUGGAACUGUCGACUCCUCACGCAGAGGGCGGAGUCGCAGUGACACUCCAAAAGACUCCGAAACGAACUUUACUUUGUGCUCAGUGAGCAGUUCGGAAACUAUGUGACGGACAUAAAGGAUCUACCCAGAGAGUAAAUAUGGACAAGGGGUCUGCUCAGACCUGCGAUCAGAACACGGAAAGACAUUUAACCUGCUCUUAAAGGAAGCUGUGAUCACGUUGUCAGGGAAAGACAUCGUCUCGUCUCUUCUCUGCUCUCGGUUUGUUCCAGAUGGGUUAUUGUUGACUCAAGUUGCAAGUGCAUGGUAACCGGAAUAGUAUGAUGCAAAAUAUUACCUAUAAUCCUAUUGAUCCAGACCCAUUCUUCUGUAUUUUUUUUUUUUUUUUAUUAUCGGUGCUUACUGGUUUUCUUUCAGUGCUUCAUUUUACCAAGAAUUUAACCUCAGAAGUAUCUGAGUCUGAUCUCCCCAGAUGUAGAACCAUCACUCGACAAAUCAGCCAAAAAUGCACUUUAUUUUCUACUUGUGGUAAUUGGAUUUUAGGAGGCUGUGUCAGUGUUUGUGUGUCAAAGGGGAGUAUGAGAUUGGCCAAAUCGUGCAGAUGACUAACAUUUCCUCUAGGUGGCAGCAGCGACGUAUUCCUGCCUCAGUGCUCUAUCUCUCUCUCUCUCUCCUGGUGCGCUUUCUUACUUAUUAUUAAAGGUGCUCAGUGGAAUAUAACGCACACUAAACAACACCCAUAUCAAAAUGGCCUUGGUUUUUCCUUUUUCACCUCAGCCAUUCAGACAUAUAUGAAACAGAUAUCAGAACUGUGAAGAUGUAAGACGAACACGCACUGGUGAAUAAUGAGCUCAAUAAUCAGUUUUAGUCAGUCUGUAUGAAUUAUUAUCAGUGGACUCAGUAUUCUGAUGGUUUAGCUCAGUACAAAUAUAACCACAAUAACUGCUCAUCCUGAUGGCACUGAAUAUUUCCACAUAAUCCAGCUGUGGUUGGUAGAAAGAGUACGAAAAAAAAAAAAAAUGCUUGUUUUAUCUAGUCUGCCAAUACAGCCUACCAUUUCUGGCUCUCUGCUUGCUUACAUUAUAUUUAGAUAUCCGAUUUAAAACUCAAACUUCUCUUGUGAUAGAUAAGAAAACAGCUUUGAGAAACAUGAUUUUGUAGGUUUUUAUACUGAAUCGUCAUCAACAGCCAUCUGUAUGCAGCAGUUCACACCUACGUAUACCUAACUUCGGUAUCUGACAACAGAUGUCUAGUUGUACUUCCGCCAUGACACCUUUUUUUAUUUAUCAUCCCACAGGAGGAAGUGGAAAACAUGAGUAAAAACUGCCAUCAAGUGAUGAGAGUCUCUACAAACGCACUCUCCUUCUUAUUUGCUCUUUCUAUAUUUGAUACCAUGAGGUCUUUUUUCAACUGUUUCUGAGGGAGAUAACUAACUUUUUUUUUUAUACUUCCUCUCUUUCCUUUCCCUCAUUGUUUUGCACAUGCAUUAAUAUAUGUUAGAGAAUGAGAUUACAGAGUAUUUAUUGCUCAUAUCUUGACUGUUCACGUGGGGGUGUUGGUGAGAAGUGUAAAAGAUAAGUAAGCGGAGGAGGCAGUAGUCGGCUCUAACCUCUCAGCUUUGUGCCCUUUGACCCUAAAGUACCUCAGACUGCUACGAUCUGCUCAAAUUGCUCUAUGCUUAUCAAAAUAGAGACACGAUGCCUAAAUCUAUCUGUGCCUGAAACACAAUUUGGCCUAAAGCUGCUCUUCAGCGGCUUGAAUUUACCACGCAGAGGCCUAGAUUUCGAAGAAUAUAUCAUACUGAGGAAAUAACAUCACUUCCUAUGACCCACUCUGAUGUCGCUUUAUUGACGUCACCUAAGUCGGAGUGGGUUUUUUUUUUCGAUUUUGACCUUUGGCUGGUGGUUGUGGAGAUAGGCUGUUAGCAAAGAGGAUGCGUGUAUCAGCUGACGUAUGCAAGCGAAGAGAAUGUGUAUGAUGACAGGGCUGCUCAGCAGUAUAUAUGCACGAGCCACCAACAAACCAUAAGUGUGAAAGAAGCAGUGUAAGAGCAGAUAUAUUAAUUAACAGGAGAUGUAACGGUGAAGCAUGUAUCCCUGAAGUGUUCCCAAAGUUUUGCUUCAUUGGACCUACCAUACUUAACUUAUCGCGGGACGGAUUUUUAAUAACUGGAUGUUUUCUUGUUUUCAUGUUGUUUUUAAGAGCAGACUUUUGUUUUUCUUAUGCAAAUAUUUGUAAAGGUUUCUUUCUCUUUUUGUACAUGACAUCACUCUUGUAAACACUGUAAAUAGUCAGUGCAUCUGCGACAACAAUCACUCAAAAGUGUAGAGAUCUAAAAGUUACAGUUCGGCCCCUCUAUGCAGAAAACGGGCGUCCUCGGUGGGAUUUAUUGUCUUCCUGUUAAGGGAAGAAGAAGCACUUGGCUUAUAAGGGGGCCUAAUAUUGGUUGUAUGGCAUGUCUCUAUAACCACAUCAAAUCCCAUCUGUCUAACAUUAAGCAGCAACCGACACAAUAAAGUCAUGCCAUUCUUCACAUCA